CCAACGCCAUUUUCAUCACCAACAACACACUCUCUCUCUCUCUCUAUUUCCCCCAUUUCUCGCUCAAUCCCUUUCCUCGCUUACAAAUUACCCCUUUUCUCCGGUGAGUCUCAAUUUCUCGGGAUCCGCCAAUUCACAGCGUGAUCCCGAGACUUUUCCUUUUUCAUCCAACCCAUUCCAUUCUUUUUGUAAUUUUUUUGUUUUUUAUUUGAAUUUAUUAAAAAGAAGGAUCAAUGGGCGAUCAUCUGGUGCUGUUUGUGGACCGUCUGGUGCGGCCCUCGCCGGUUGAGCCGCUGACCCAGCAGCCGCUCCAGCCGGCUCCUGAGCCGUCGACACCGGUGGAGGAGGCGGCGGCGGGCCCCUCCUGUUCUUCUCCGGCGGCUGAGGAUGAAGGCGACGGAGAGGACGCGCCGCUGCUGCAGAUGGCGGAAUGUCGCAUUUGUCAAGAGGAAGACAGCGUCAACAAUCUAGAGACCCCUUGCGCCUGCAGUGGAAGUCUUAAGUAUGCUCACAGAAAGUGCGUCCAGCAUUGGUGCGAUGAGAAAGGGGACAUAAUUUGUGAGAUAUGUCAUAAGCCUUAUGAACCUGGUUACACAGCAUCACCGCCUCGUCCACAUCCCGAAGAAACUACCAUUGAUAUAGGUGGAGGCUGGACAAUCUCUGGCACUCCGUUGGACUUGCGUGAUCCUCGACUCUUGGCAAUUGCAGAGGCGGAACGCCAAUUCUUGGAAGCAGAAUAUAAUGGAUAUGCUGCUUCUAAUGCCACUGGAGCUGCGUUUUGCCGUUCAGCUGCUCUGAUUUUAAUGGCCCUUUUACUCUUAAGGCAUGCACUUUCUGUCACGGAUGCUGAUGCUGAAGAUGAUCCAUCCACUUUUUUCUCUCUUUUCUUGCUUCGAGCUGCUGGAUUUCUCUUACCUUGCUACAUCAUGGCCUGGGCUAUCAGCAUUUUGCAACGCCGACGACAAAGACAAGAGGCUGCGGCACUUGCAGCAACCCAAGUUGCUUUCGUUCUACAAUCCGGGCAGCACAGGGGUCUUCAGUUUGCCAUAGCACCAGGAUCAACAAUGAAUACACAUCAGGAACAAGUGUAAUUUGUAAGCCAGCGUAUUUAAAUUCUGGCCGAGUGCACCAUGUAAAGAAGGCUUGUUGAAAUGCCAUUUUUUACUCAUGAUUUUCUCAGCUCUAAUGUGCGUGCAUACAUACA